AUGUUUCUUUCAACGCCGUCUACAUCAUUUAAUUUAACAAGUAUUGAAAAAAAAUUAGCCGCUAUUGAAGCAACAUCUGCAUCAUCAUAUACAGUAAAACCAACAACUCGAUUGCCAAAAGUUAAUAAUGAAGCUGAAUUAGAUGCAUAUUUAAAAAGUGAACGAGCAAAUUUUAAUGAUGAACAAUUUGAAUAUUUAACACAACAGUCAUUAACUCAAGCUGAUACUGAUUAUUGGGAAGAAAUAUUUUCAGAUAGUUUAAAACGUCGUCGAAAUUUAAUUAAUUGUCUAUUAGCUGAUGAUCUUCGACCUCGUUCAAUUUCUUCCUAUGAUUCAACAUCUACGAUUAAAACAAGUCAAAUACUAAAUGAUUCUACAACAUCUCCAACUGGUUAUGAUUUCAAAUCGGAUUGGACAUCUCAACAAAAUCAAUCAUCAAUAUUCGCUGAUUUAUCACUUGUUGAACAACAAUAUGCUCAGACACUCAUUAAAUAUAAUCAAACAAGAACAUCGUCAGGUACUGGUGAUGGAGAUCAAUUAAUUUUACAAUAUAAACAUAUUGCUAAGACCUAUGAAACACAAGUUGUAUAUGAUAUGUGGCAUGCAGCUGAAUGGAUGUCAGGUGUUCUUGAUUAUGAUUAUCGUAAAAGUGAUUUAUUUCAUGCACAACGUGCAAUUGUUCUUUGUGCACGUGAUUAUCUUGAACGAAGUUUUCGUCAAGCAUUAGAAAUAACAUAUAAUGAUAUAGAUUUUUAUGGAUGUUUAUUAUCAUUUAUAACAUCAAAUGAAAAAAUAUCUCGUUUACAAUCAGUUGAUGAUCGUCUUGUUGAUGGUGUAUCAGCAUGGCCUUUAAUUUUUUAUGCAUUAAGAGCUGGUGAUAUUAAUCUUGCUUUUAAUAUAAUUCAUAAAGCAAAUUUACCACAUGUUCAAGCUUUAUUAGAAACUUAUUUAUCAAAAGAACAAACAACGACAACAACAACAACAACAAAUAAAUCUUCGAAUAUUCGAAAUAUUGAAUAUAGUCUUGUUGGAAAUCCUUAUAAACGUGCAGUUAUUUGUAUAUUAGAUCGAACAAAUUUAGUUGAUGCACAUGAAGAUGUUCUAUUAUGUAUUGAAGAUUUUCUUUGGAUAAAAUUAGCACAAAUUCAAACAAUAAAUGAAACAGCAUUUCAUGAUCGUACAAAUGUUCAAUUAACAAUUCCAAGACUUCAACGUUGGAUAUUACGAGAUCUUGGUGAAGAAUAUUUUAAAGCAUAUGAACAACCAUUUCGUUAUGCACGUAUUCUUUUAUUAUGUGGUGCAUUUGAAUCAGCAUGUGAAUUUCUUUUUAAAAUAUCAUUAACUAAAGUACAUUCAAUUCAUUUAUCAAUUUAUUUUAAUGAAAAAUAUUUACUUGGAUUAACAUCAUCAAUUGAUGAAUGUAUGAUUAUGAUUGCUGGAAAUUCACAACAAAAUAAAACUAAUACAGCAUUAAAUUUACCAAAAUUAAUUGAAACAUAUUUAAAAGAAAAAUUCAUUCAUAAUCAAAAUCGUUAUUGGGAAUUAAUUAAUUAUGCAUAUGCAUUAAUUAAUAUUGAACAUUCAGAAGCUGAAAAUGAAUUUCGACGUUUAUUAAUUGAUUUAACAACGAAUUUAGAUGAUAUACAUAUUGUCUAUGGAAAAUGGAUUAUUGUUAUAGAUAAUGAUGGAGGAGAAGAAAAUAGAAUACUCAAACUGGAAAGAGGUCUUCUGCAUGAAUUAUUUUCUCAUCUUGAUGAUUCUGAUAUUGAUGAUGUAUUAAUUGGUCUGGCAACAACAAUUGAAGAACAUCAUCGUUCACGUCUUCUUGUUGCAUCAGCAUUAUUUGAAUUAGCUCAUGAUUAUUCAUCUUGUAUACGUCUUGCAUCUGAAUAUAUUGCACAAUUAAUUCUUGAUCGUUUAUUAAUAUCAUCAUCAACAUUAUCACCAUUUCCAUUUAUUUAUGAAUUAGCUCAACGUCUUCAAAUUUUAUCAAAAAUAAAGCAUGAUGAUAAUCAACAAAAUUAUUUUCUUUUAUUAGAUAUUUAUGCAUUUGUUGAUUAUUAUCUUCGUGUUGAACAACAUGAACGAGCAUUUCUAGUUUUACGUCAAUUAAAAUUAUUUCCAUAUGGUAAAGAUUAUAAUGAUGAUGAACAAGCUAGACAAUUAUUUGCAUCAAAUAAAUGGCUUCAACAAUUAUUUCCUCAUCUUUGUUUAGCUGCACUUCGUACUCAUUUAUUAGUUAUACAACAUGGAACAAGUUCAAAUUUAACUGAAGAAGAAAAACAUCAAUAUGAAUUUUAUCGUCAUACAGCUUCUAUUGAUUUAACACAUCUUGCUGAAUUUGCACAUAUGCAAUCUCAAUCAUUUACACGAACUCAAUUACGUUCUAUUGAUCGACUUUGUGAACAAGCAAAUCAAUAUUAUGAUCAAGAUAUGUCAUUUCAUUAA